AUGAAUCGAUCCAAAGAAACGGAAGAGGUUUCAAAGAAAUUCGAAGGAACCAGUGCGGAAAAAUACGAGUUUCUGAGGGAAUUUUCUUCGAAAUAUGGCUAUAAUGGAAAGAUUGACUCAAUACGCGAGAAUGAAUAUCCUCAAUUGAAAGGAGCCGUCUACUUAGAUCAUUCCGGUGCCACGACCUACGCCAAAUCCAUACUCACCUCCUUUCACAACGACCUCACUCGAAAUCUUUUCGGCAACCCGCACUCUCAUAAUCCAAGUUCCAUGCUCACAUCUCACCGAGUUGAGCAGGUUCGCUUGCGCGUUCUCAAACACUUUGAUGCCAGCCCCGAAGAUUAUCAGGUAAUAUUCACCCAGAAUGCUACGGCCGCUAUUAAAGUAGUGGCUCAAUGUAACUUCUCGGGUCAAAGAUUCCCGCUCUCGUGGGCAAAUCAAGUAAAGAGAAAAUUAAACACAAAAAAUUCAAAGUACUUGGUGCUAUUGGAUGCAGCAGCUUAUCUGACCUCCUCAACACUUUCACUGGCUGAUAAAGAUAAGUCGCCGGAUUUUGUGGCCAUGAGUUUUUAUAAGAUAUUUGGUUUCCCCACGGGGUUGGGUGCCUUACUGGUGAAGACAGAGUUGGAGCCUAUGUUGAAAAAGCGAUAUUUUGGUGGCGGGACCAUUACGGCGGUGGCAUAUGAUCGUCAAUGGCAAAAAUUCCGUUCUGAUCUCAGUGAACGUUAUGAAGAUGGUACCAUCAACUUCCUGGACAUCAUCUCCUUGCAUCACGCGUUCACCGUCACCGAACGAAUCUACACCAGUUUCCAGUACAUCAAACCGCACGUUACUACGCUGAUAACCUAUUUGGAUCGUCGUAUGCGCGCCUUCAGGCACUGGAAUGGAAUGCCCGUGUGCGUCGUUCACGCCGAUCACGAUUAUUCGGACAAUGUAAAACAAGGACCGGUGUAUAACUUUAAUGUGCGAAAAGUGGACGGAAAUUGGGUACCAUACGGGGAAAUAGAGAAUUUGGCCAGUGCCAAUGGGAUACACCUUCGAUCCGGGGGACUUUGUAAUCCGGGAUGUGUGGCAAGAUGGAUUAAUCUUUCGGCGGAAGAAGUUAUUAGAAAUUAUCAGCACGGAAAAAUUUGCGGGGAUGAUCAAUACAUCUUUAACAAUAAAAUCACCGGAGCCGUCCGAAUCUCUCUCGGGGCAAUGACAACGAUCGAUGACAUAUUCAAGUGGUUACACUUUUUCGAGACUUACUAUGUUGAGUCCGUUGCGCCAGAAUCUGCCACGGAAAAGGCGGUGCAAUUCUAUUCACAGGGCGCAUACAAUUCCUCCCAAACCAAUUUGCAGAUAAAAACUAGCACGAAAAAGAAGAGAAUGAGCAUCUCCUCACCGAACCUUAUACUACAACUGCAAGAAGAUAUGAAGAAGACCCGGCCGCCACAUCAAAAGGAAAAACUAUUGGGAGAACGUCGGCGGGUCAUAAAGGCCCUUUUAAGCGUUAAAGGGUUCGAUACUCAUGAUUAG